UAUUCGGUAACUAGAUCGUCACUUAAAUUUGGCGUUCUUUGUGGCUUAUGUGGAAUAUUUUUUGUUGCAGGUAAUUAACGAAUUUAAAGAGAUUAAUCUUCGUACCUAGCGCGGUAAGAAUUAUUGUAUCUAAUUAAAAAUGCUCUAAUGCUUUGUCAAUUUUGUUACACUUUUAUUUUAAUAUGAAUUUAUAAUCCCUCUCUUACAUACGGUAUAUUGCGUGUGCACUUAUAUCCACGAAUUUUUGUUGAACGGCAUGGCGUUGGAGUUUUCAAAUACAUUCACUUGACUCUGUAGCCAUACGUUCGUGCUUCAAUGUAACAAAGUAAAAAGGCGAAACGUGCACACACCUCUGUGGCUCGGACGAGACUGCCGCGUGGUUCAUUCAACAGGCGAAAAGGAUGUGGGCGGGGCGCGCGGGACGCGGCGUCAUUGGGCGAGCGAACGGCGCGCCGUAAUGGCCGCCGUCGCAUUCGGCCAAUGAGCGGCGCGCGGACCGAACGCGCGUCCGUCCGGCCACCGGCGCGACGUUGCCAGCUUUUCACAAAAAAAUACCAGAUUCGACCUUCUUAGGACCCCCGGUUUUUUUUUUGUUUGGCCGCGUUAUCACUCGGGAACGUGUGUUAGGGCCCUUAUCCGUUGGGAUGGUGGCCGCUGUGUUCAGGUGGAUUCAGUGUUGUGUGUUCUAGUGUAUUAUGGUGUGGUCGUCGCCAUCGGGGGAGGUCUUGAUAGACAUCGUCACAAGGUAUCUGGUGCACUAACGUGUGGGAUCUUCGAGGACUGUUCUUACAAAUAACAAGACCCCAAGUUAUGUUUUAAUUCCUGAAUCUGCAAUAUGACGAAUGGGCAAAAAUUACUUUACAGGCCGGGGCAGUCGGAGCACGGGCACGCGGGCGGUGCGGGCUACGGCAAACCGGCGGGCGUGCAGCCCCGCGCUCCGCCCUCGCCGUACGCGCAGCCCUACCAGCCUCCCCUGCGACUGCACAACCCUGGCUACGGCUCGGCUGCUCUCUCAUACAGAGAUGGGAGCUACGGGCGCGGGGAGUACCGCGGGGGUGGGGGAGGCGGCGGGCGCGUGUCGCUGCUGGGAGGCGCGUACCUGCCACCUCCAGCACCGCCGCUGCACCACCCGCCGCCCGCGGACCCGCCGCCCUUCAAGAAGAUCCGUCUCAGCGCCGAGCGUCCCGCUGCGCACCACCCCCAGCUGCGCGUCGACACCAGGGAGCCGGUGUAUAACAUCGUGGAGGUGCUGUCACCGAACCCGCCGUCGGAGCCCACGUUAGAGGAUCACAACUUCCGCACCACCAAGGAUGACCUGCUGCAGCAGAUUUCAAAGGUGGACCGGGAGAUGGCGCUGUCGGAGGCGACGCUGCAGAACCUGAAGAAGAAGGCGGCGGAGCUGGAGCUGGCGGCGACGCGACCUUCCAGACCUGCAGAGCCCGAGGAGGCGCCUUCCCGACAUCGCAGCCUCGCGCAGUGCAUAUACGCUGAUAACAGGAAGAAGGCGAGCGCGGCGCACGCCUCGCUGGCACACCUCGGCCCCUCACUGUCAUACCCGCUCUACAACCAGCCCCAGGACACAGAGGUCUACCACGAGAACCUUCGGAAACACCGCACCUUCAGAAAACGACUUUCCGAACACAUACGCAGGAUAAAACUGGAGACUGAAAAGAAAGAAGACGCAUUAGCUGAGGAGUACAGCAGACGGGCAGCGGAGUGGAUGCGCAGAGUGGAGAGAAUAGAACAGAGUCAGAAGAGGAAAGCCAAGGACGCCAGAAACAGAGAAUUCUUUGAAAAGGUGUUCCCGGAGUUGCGCAAACAGCGCGAGGAGCGGGAGAGGUUCAAUCGUUUGGGUGCGCGCGUCAAGUCUGAGGCCGAGCUGGAGGAGAUAGCUGAUGGUCUGCACGAGCAGGAGCACGAGGACAAGAAGAUGAGGUCCUUGACUGUUGUACCGCCGCUGAUGAGAGAACCAGGCACACCAACUGUACUCACCAAUAUGCGAUGUAUGGAUAUGGAGACGGAGCACAAGGAGCUGCAGCUACGUAACGUGUGGUCGCCAGCAGAACGUGAUCUCUUCCGAGAGAAGUACCUCCAGCAUCCUAAGAACUUCGGUCAGAUCGCAUCCUUCCUGCCUCGGAAGACAGUUAAAGAUUGUGUCCGGUUCUACUACCUGUCGAAGAAGGCGAAGAACUACAAGCAGCUGCUGCGCAAACCUCGCCAGCGUCGCUCCACUCGCAACCCGCCGCGAACAGCCCCCGAGCCUGAGAUGCCCUCAGGAGUACUCACCAGGUUGCAGCGUUCACAAGGAACAUCAGCACGAGCGACAGAUUCAAAGGAGGCAUGCGUAGAGGAGAUGACACCGGAGCAGCUGAACAUGAUCCCAGUGCCCCCGCAGCCGGAGCCGCUGCACAUGGACCAACUGGGACACGAGGGCGAGCUGCAGCUGCAGGACAUGCAGGACAUGCAUAUGCACACGCUGCACGCGCCCAUGCUGCAGGACAUGCAGUGCUCCGACCCCUCUAUCAUGGGGGAGCAAAUGAACAUGCAGGGUAUAAAUAUGCAGAAUAUGCAGGGUAUGCAUAUGCAGAACUUGCAAUCCAUACAGUCCCCGCCUUCGCCACACUCUAUACAACUACUGCAGCCUACACAUCCUGCAAGGCCAGAAAUGAACCGGACACCACCAUUACCGCCGUCACCGCCCCCAGCCUCAUCAGCGCCCUCCGCGCCGCCACAGCUCUUUACAUCCACAAGCACCGCUACCAGCACGGCCGCGAGCACGAGCACGAGCUCCAGCACGAGCACAAGCACGUGCACGAGUACGAGCACGAGUGUCAGCACCAUCACCAGCACGUGUACAAGCACGAGUGCCGUCAGUACUGUCACGAUUACUGUCACGCCCGUGGGUGACACGCCAGCAAGCAGUCCCGCGCCUGUCACGAGCGGCGUGACAACGAGCACGACUAGCUCGAGCGGGACGGAUGCAGCCAGUCCGAAGUCUGACAGUCAGGUUGUGGUGGAGAUGUCACUGGCUUCGGUGCCAUUGCCCACCGUGGCGCCCGCCAGCACACCCUCCACUUUCACAGCGACUGUCACCAGCGUGGGAGUUAUUACUACAUCUUGUUCAUCGACCGCGUCCUGCCCUACCGCGGUGACUUGCCCGACCGCGGCGUGUCCGAUAACAUCAGCGGGCAGCAGCGCGCCGCCAACACCUCAGCCAGCGCAGCCGCCCACUCCCACGCAACCCCCGCCCACACCUGAACCUGGUCAGUACUAUAUACACCUUGCAGGAUAUCGUAUGAUAAAUUCUAAGGAAGUGUUUUUGUCAGGAGACGGAAUGCCUAAGAAAGGGUUUUUUCGUACAUUCUUUCUUGUCCUAACUAGGCUAUGCUUCUGCAACCUUUAAAUCGAUUGCAGAUGU